AUGGAAGGCCCCUCGUCGUCAAAGAUCGAAGCCCUAGCUCUGUCAUCAUCAUCCCUCUUCCUCGAGGCCUACCGGUCCUUCAUCUCGCUCUUCCCCCAGAAUUCCUCCCCUCAACCUUCUGUCGUUGGCCUCCUCUCCUCGGGCUCUGUACUCCCCCCCGUGCCGCCGAGCUUCCCUCGGCACAAGCUCAUCCCUGGAACUCGCUUCGUCGUGGAUGGUUUCCGCUCCCCCGGUGACUUCUCAGUGUCCUACUUCCUCUCCCACUUCCACUCCGAUCACUACGGCGGCCUUGGGGCCGCCUGGUGCAGGGGUGUUAUCUACUGCUCUGAGCUCACCGCCCGCCUCCUCGUCGAUGCCCUGGGCAUAUCCCCGUUGUUUGUGGUCUCGCUGUCCAUCGGUCGGACCGUCCAGAUCGACGGCUGCGAUGUGACGGCUGUCGAAGCAAACCAUUGUCCGGGGGCCGUCCAGUUUCUGUUCAAAGUCCAUGAGGAUGAGGGGCGGCCGUGCGAGAAGUAUGUCCACACAGGAGAUUUCCGAUAUAGCGAAUCUAUGAAGUCGGAUCCAUUUCUCUGUCAUUUUGUUGGGGCCGACGCCGUGUUCCUGGACACAACGUACUGCAAUCCGAAGUUUACCUUCCUAUCCCAGGAUGAAUCUAUUGAAUAUAUCGUCAACACAAUAGGGAAGAUUAUGGGCCGAGAAGAGCGUUCCUCUGGUUCUGUAUUGUUCCUCAUUUCUACUUAUGUCAUAGGGAAGGAAAAAAUCUUGCUCGAGGUUUCACGACAAUUAAACUGUGCACUGCAUGUAGAUGCUCGGAAAAUGAAAAUUUUGCGCGCUUCAGGACUUGGUGACCCAGGGAUAUUCACAGAGGAUGCCAAGGGUAGCUGCAUUCAUGUGAUUGGAUGGAACCUGUUGGGUGAGACUUGGCCGUAUUUCCGUCCUAAUUUUGUGAAAAUGAGGGAGAUUAUGCUGGAAAGGGGAUAUUCAAAGGCAGUUGGGUUCGUUCCUAGUGGAUGGAUGUACGAGAAAAGGAGUCGUGAUUUUCCUGUGCGAGUUAAGGACUCUCUUGAGAUUCAUCUUGUCCCUUACAGUGAGCAUUCCAGCUAUGAGGAACUGCGGGAGUAUGUGCGAUUCCUCAGACCAAAACGUGUUAUUCCGACAGUAGGGAUGGAAGCAUCAAAGCUUGACAGUAAGCAUGGCCUCUUAAUCCAGAAGCAUUUUGCAAACCUUGUAAACGAGACAGCAAACAAGAAAGAUUUCUUGAUGGGCUUCUUCCAGAGGAUGAACGAUGCCGAUGGAAGGGAUGAAAAUCAGCCGGUGGUCCAAGCCAUUGGUGGUGAGGGUGGAAUAAAGGAUAACAACCACACCUCACGCUCACAGGAUCCGAAUAUAUUGAGCAAUGAUGAAAUGGAAAGAAACAUGCAAGAGUUGCGAGACUGUUUGCCACCAUGGGUGACCCAGGACCAACUUCUCCGUCUGCUUAAUGAUUCGAGUGGGGAUAUAAUUGAAGCAGUUUCAGGAUUUUAUGAAUGUGAAACAGAAUUGUAUAAGGAAGCCAAUGCAGGCAUUCAACCAUUUCUUAGUUCCUUGAAAAGCUCAUCUGAUUGUUCAGCUGCAAGUCCCGAAGUCAAGUCUACACAGAAAGAUCCAGAUUCUAGCAGUCAACCUUGUUUGGGUCGGAGCAAAAAUUUGACCGGAAGGGUACUGGACAGAGUGAAACCCGCAUCUCCCAGUAAAAGAGGAACUACAGUCUGCAAUAAGGCAAAGAAGAAAGGAAGGGCAGGUUCCAAGUUACAACUGAGUGGAUGCAAUCAAUCUACCAUCACAGAAUUCUUUGGGAAAAUUGUGUCAGACCCCUCUCACAAAAAAGACAUUGAAUCUGAAGCCAUUGGAAAGCAUCCUACCAAUGGGAAGGGAUCACAAGUUGGUUCUGUGAAUGAGUUGAAUGAUUUUCUCCUUAUAAUCAAUGGAGGCAUGCCCCGAAAUGCUGCAACUGCUUUGUUGGAGAAGACAAGGUGGGACAUUAAUGCAGCUCUUGAUCAUUAUUACACUGAUUGUGUUACAGUAACUUCUGAUGAUAAGGAGUCAGUUUUGUAUAAUAUGGUUAGUGAACAGUGUGGUAAUACUAUCUGCAAAACUGAAAAAGAAAUCAAUUCCUUGGAGGGAACAACAAACUUUCCUUCUUUGGCUGUCAAGGAGAUUUCCACAGAAGAAUCAGUUGAAGCUUUUAUAUCUUUGCCUCUCGAAAAGUAUUCCCCUGUUGAACAUGGUUCGUCCUUCUUCAAACUUGUGAUCAAGAGAGAUAUCUGAACUAGGUUCUCUUGUCCCAACGUUGUAGAGACUUAUGUUUGUAAAUUUCUUGUAUAGCAUGCUGGAAAGCUGGUGAGCCUGCACCCUAUUUACACUUGGCUCGGACUUUCAAUUUGGUUGAGAAAGAAAAAGGCAAAAUAAAAACUAUUUGUAUGUUGUGCAAUAUGUUCAGGAGGUGAACUGUUACUUCGCUCUCACCUUUUUUUCCAUCUGUUCAUUUUGAAGUUAAUUCUUUCAUGCCAAUGUGUCUAUUAACUUGACUUUUAAACAGCUUACUUGCAUUAUCACCUGAAGAUGUGCUACCUGCUGUUUAUCUCUGUACAAAUAAAAUUGCUCCAGACCACGAAAACAUGGUUAGUCACGAUUUUUAUUCCACCGACUGAAGUUCUUCAUUCCUGUUCACUAAAUAUGAAAUUGUUUCUUUUUACAUGUGCCAAGGUUCUUGAAUAUGAUCUUCAUCUCGCUUGAUUUGUUGGUCAGAUAGUUUUCAUUAAGGUGAUUAGCUGAUUACAGAAAAAAAAGUGUUUAACUACGGCAGCAAAUAUGAAAAACCUAUAAGAGGUUCCUUACUACCCUCUUUGCUCAUCUGAAAAGAUUUAAACCGGUAAAAUACGUGCCAAACAUUCGUCCUUCCUGAUCUUUGGUAAUGAAGUAGGGUGUGGAGCUUCAUCUAUCUUCUUGAUUUUAUAGCAUUUUUCCACAUGCAUUAUAGCUUUCAGGGCGAACUUAUAAGUCUUUGAAUUCAUGUUUACAUUCUCUUUCCUCUCUGAUAACAGCACUUUACUCAUAUUUGGGACUACCAUAAUACGACUGAUCCGUAUGUAUGAUAGCAUCAUUAUUAGACAUGUCUAUUAGCCUUAUUAUGUUAAUCUCAGGAAAAUAGGCUGGUUAUGUUCUUUGAGUAUAUUACUAGUUGUAACGCCCCACGUGUGUUUUAUAAUCUUAAUGGAUAUUUUACCUAAAAAGUUUUAUAAAUUGACGUAUGUUUAUACCCUUGUAUGUCACUGUGACUAACUUCUUGAAUAUGGCCUUAUAUACAUCUAUCCCAUCUUGAUCAAUGCUAUGUUAAUUUCCUUAAUUAGCUCUUACGUUUUGUGACAAAACUGGAGGUUAUCUAUAUUAAAACUCCCAAAUCAUGGGAAGUUAUUCUUUGGUAAUAGUUUUCGGCUUAAAAUCUAAAAAUACUUUGAGAAUCUUUCAUUUAACUUGUGUUUUUUUAACUUGUGUAUCUUUUGUUAAAAAUGUUGCAAAAGACAUUCAACUUUAGACAUUUAGAUCUGGCACUUAUGAGAGUAUCUGAAGAGAAUCAGGGGAGUAUUAGGGUGAUUUUUACUACUCAAAUAGUUAGACUGACGUCCUUCUUUCAAAUGUCUUAAUAUAUCAUGAGUAAUCGGUUAUUGGCCUGUCGUUUCUUGGUACUAUUCUACUUUUUACGUUGAUUUCUUUUUAUGCUCUCCUCUUUCAUGUCAGUUUUGCUUUUUCUUCACAUAUGCUGUGCACUGAAAAUAGUUUACUAAAUAUGUUAACCUAUUUCUUUUGAAAUGGUCAUGGUUGGCUUUACUUCUCAUUAUGGUGCAGCCUAAUUUCUCUAGGAACUUAACAUUGGUGGAGGACUGGUUACGACCGCAUUGGAGCAGACGUGUGGUAUAAAGAGGUCAAAAAUAAGGGAGCUGUACAAUGAACUGGGUGAUCUUGGUAGCCAUCCAUAUACUAAUGGUUUCCUGCCAUUUCCCAUGGCACAUAUCUUUCUAUUUUGAAGAAUCUCGCUAAAGUCAACUCUUCUUGCAGGUGAUGUUGCACAGUAUUGUCGACAGACACAAUCUCUACUGAUUCUUCCACGUCCACUUUUAAUCCAGGACUUGUUUUCUGUCUUUAAGAAGAUAAGGUGAAUCUAACGUCCAUGAAACUAUGAUUUAUAUUCUAAUCGUUUGUUUAAAUAUAAUUUUGCUCCGUCUUUCUUCAUUUCAUUUUAGUUAAAAUAUAUCAUUGUUAUCUAUUAGUUGCCUUCUGAACUUAGAAAACCGAUCCUCAUCUGGGUUGAUGACAUAUUAACAUUAUUAUUGAUUCUGUCCUUGUUACAUCAUCUUCUACUCCCAAUUUUUCCCUCUCAUCCAUCAUAUGCUUUGAAUUAUGCUUCUUUAAAGAACAUUCAAUCAAAUCUCAACUGAAGAAACUGUUCCACACCCUCUCAUCUGCAUGCAAUCUUGGUGGAGGAUUAGAAUUGUAUGAAAGAGAGACAUGAAAAACAUUAAGACAACAUUUUUCUAACUGAUCUCUACUUUCGUGGGCAAUGGGUUCAUCAAUAAACUAACUUCGGGCCAAACAGUACUAGUAUCUUCAUGAAUAUCAUCUUAUCUCAUUAAUGCUUGUCUCGAUCCAUGCUAUCGCAGAACAAAAAAUGGGGAAGGCAUCAUCUUCAACCUAUAUGACUAACAAAGGUUUAAGGACAUCAGUGUGCUGAUUUUAAUGCUAUUCAUGAGUGACAACUUUUAAAAACGGAUCCAAUUCAUAUGAGUCAUCAAAUCGUGGCCACACUUAUCAUUGAGUUUUCAAGCUUUUCACUGGCUGGAUUCUGCCCAUUGGUCGGUAAUUAUUCGCAUGGUUAUUUACAGAUAUGUCCUCCAUCAUCUGAUCAUGACUGUUCUCGUGGAAUCUUUCUUAUACCAUCAUUUUGAAAUUGAGACACUAUUAUGAUUGGUUGAUGAUAGUUGAUGUGCUUGUAGUUUCUCAGUACCAGAAAUCAGAUCCGUUUUCAAAAACUUUCAAUGAGGCACAUGCAUGGCGAUAGAUUGAAAUUGUGUACUUAGUCAUUUGCCCAGUCAUAAUUAAAUCACAUAUUUCUUGUCAUUCUUCUGUAAUGUAACGAUAGCCCAUUUUCUUCUGUAAUGUCGUUUUACCCAUCCCUUUGACAAGUUUAUCAGAGUUUUUGUUGUGUCAUAAAAGCCUUUGCAGUCUUACAUUGUCUUCUGGCUUUGAAAAACUUGGUUAUGUGUUUGAUCUUUCCUCCUUUGAAAUAAGAUAAUAGUCUGCUACUUGUUUUAUGCCUACUUGAUUUCACCAGUCUAGAAACAGGCAGCGGAAGUCUUACUCGGAAGAAACACCUUAUUCUAUAUCUAAUGCGCUCCUGUAGAGAAAUGGAAAUGAAGUUCCUCGUGCGGACAUUGGUAAGGAAGCUCUAAAUCGUCUUAUAUGUCUCCCGCUUUGGCUUUUCCUUUCCCUCAGAUGCUGCCAAACAAGUGCAUUUGACUGGCAUCCUGCUUCUUCUAUAUCUUACAGAACUGUGCUCUAUUUGACUCUUUAUCUGUCUUUAAUGUUUUGGUUGCUUACAGUUUGGUAGCUUCAUUACUUUCAUUCACUUUCGAGCGAACUGGGGAGAAUUUAUUAUGUUGCUUGCUCGGCGAGAGUUGAUUACUGUUCUGCAAACUAGGAAUUUUUUGUACCCUGAAUAAAAUGUUUCAACCAUUAACUGACCAUAGAUAUUGUACUUCUAUCCUUCCUGGCUUCUUUUUGGUCUCUGGCAGUCUUUUUCAACCAGCUUAUUUUCCUGCAGUCUUUCAUAUUACCUCCUCUGUUUGAUCCACUGUAGGCCGUCGAAGAUUCCACUGUGAUUUUAAAUGGCAUUUAUAUCUUUCCUUUCUCACUGUUGAAAGUUGUCUUUGAGCUAGAUAUUGCUAGCGACAUGGACUGAACUGAAGGAAAUCUCUACCCCAGGAUAAAGGCCAAAAAACAAGUAAAAAUGAAAGGCACAUGGGCUGAUUCAUCUUCUUGUUCCAUUGUAUAACGCACCAAUCACAUUGACAGGAAACAUAGUCAAGCUUAUGUGAUGGAGGUUCAAGGCUCACUUGUUUCAGUGCCUGCAAUGAGGCGGCCUGCCUUAUUUAUUGAAUCUCAUCUGAUACUACAGAGAUAAUCGUGGAUUUGUUUUAUUAUUUUUUAGUGUGGAAUCUUGCUUAUUGUUUGUUUUUUUAUUUUUUCCUUAUUUUGAUAAUGCAAUUUAUCUUUUUAUCUGAAGUUUGAGCCACAAUGGUACUAGAAUCAGGCAUUCAUUUGUAAGACUAAUGAUUGAAAACAACCAGAACCGGGCUGAACUUUGUGUCAGUCAGCCCAGAAGAAGGGUUGCCACCUUGCAGCCGGCUUUGUUCUCCAUCUUGACCCUUCUUGGAGUAGAUUGAUGGCCCUCCAGUUAUCCAUUCCGGUGAAAUUUAUGAAUUCAAUUUUUUUCAAUACAGAUAACUCUAUUAUUUGGGUCUAGGUCAGUUUGUCAUGUAAGGUUUAGAAAGCAUCUUGAGUUUGGGCUCUUGCUGAUAAUCCUUGGGUCCUUCUAAUUCAAGUUUCGUUUGGUUUAACAGCCAUCAUUUUCAGUGGGUCAAAUGGAAGUUCACUGUAACCAGAAUCUGGUCCAAGACUUAGACACUUCGUGUAAUGAUCUAUCUGCGGUAUGAAGGCUAUUACGAGAUGAAACAUAUUGCAAUGCAUAUGUUUGACGUCUCGAAAACCAAGGGAGAGGGAUGAAAGGAACAAGAGGAAAGAAAGGAAGAAUGAGGGAAACAAAAACUGAACUAACUUCUCUUACGGUGGCUCCUUUAGGUUAACAGGGGUUCCCAAUCACAACAGUUGAAAAAGGACUCUGUACUCGAGGACAAAAAUGCCCUUGAGGACAUGUUUCUAACUAAUUCGUUCUUACAACAUGAAGCAUGUGUCAUUGUUAAAUGACACCAAGUUACUCUGAGAAAAGAGUUUGCAGCCCUUGGUCCAAAUUUUCUUGAUCAAGCAAGAUAUUAAUUUGUGACAUGUUUAUGAAUGCCCUCGUUGUCCAACUCUGUUUCUGAAUAAUUAUUCCCCAAAAUUCUUUUAAGUUGAUGCCCCCCCUGUACACUAUUUUUCUCACCCUGGUGGUAAGUCUGUCUUUCGAUUAGCAACAUGCAAAGUUCCCUCUUCUAAUUACCCAAAGCUUUACAAAUGAGUGGAACUUGUUAAUGGGCCCCACAUGUACCCCCGAUUAUUUUGAUAUCAGGACAACUUGUCUUCAGUCAAAACUUUCGAAAACUGUUUAUAAGGGAAUCAGAAAGACUUCUGGUCUGCCUUAUUUUAUAUGGGGACAAUAGAAACAAAAAUACAAGAUGAUCUCUAGUUCUUGCGCAAUCAGAGAAGAGGAUAAAUUUGUCCAGCGUUUAAAUUUUGUUUUGUUCAGUGGUCGAGCAAUUGUUGCGUAGUUUAGUGACAGUUAUAGAGUUUGCAUUUUACGCAUUUCUUUUUCUAAUUCAACAAGCGAGAGCCACGAAGCUACUCCAACUUGUUUAUGCUAGAUGCUCGUCAUUCUAUUUCAGAGAACUUCUCAAAGUCAAUUCACCGCUUUAUUUUCUUUUACUACACCCUAUUUUUUCUUUCAUGUGACAUAAACCUAUUCAUUUUAAGGUCCGGAAUUUGCGUAUUGGAGCCAUGAUGAGAACUAUACUACCAGCUUUAGCGCAAGCAGUGGUAUUGAAUGAGCCCUUUUCCUUGCUUCAGAAAGGAUCAAUAGACAACCUAAAAGUGAAGCUUCAGGUUAAUUUUCCCAUUUAGCCUGCCUUGAUAUUCAUGGGAGGCAUGUUGAAUAUUGAUUUCAUUCUCUUAAUUAUUAUAUUUUCUGUACCACAGAGAUCCUUCUAAUGAUCUAAUUUAGAUGAAAAUCGCAUUUUCCCGUUCAAUGAAUAUGCAGGCUGUACAGAUAAUGCAGUAGAUUGAUAUUAGCAAUUACCGCUGCAGUUGGACCCUAUGGAUAUCAAGAAAAUUGAUUUCUGAUUUUUUUACAGGAAAUUUCGUCUACAGUUGCUGAAGCCUAUAACAUACUUCCGAAUUUGGUAUGUAUUUCAACUCUACCUUCAAAAUGCACUACUCUUAUCUACUACCUUGUCGAUGGCGAUUCCUUUCAUUCCUUAAAUGUAGAUAGUUUCCACCUAUUCAUUACAAUAAAAAAAUUAAUUAAGAGAUACCCAAGUAUAUGAACAUCAGUUCUCACAAAAGCUAUUUAUACAAGAACGGGGUGUAGAAUCGUCUUUGUGCCAAAGCUCACAAAAUGGUAAAGAGACAUCCUUACAAAACACUCAAGCCCAUCUUUUCUGUUGCAAAAGAAAAAGGAAAGACUAUCACUUGAGCAGCUUCUGCAUUACGGCUAUGAUUUUGUUGUUCCUCUUACGAAUUGAACCCCAAGGUUAAUACAAAAGAUGAAUCAAAAAGUUAAAAAUUACCUUUGAGUGCCCUGUUCAUCUUUCAACCUCUCUGUACCUGCUCCUAGCUGUUGGAAUGUGCCAGCUAAUGUUUAGCAUUGUGAGAAAGUUAUCCCAGAUCUGAUGAUAACAGCAUCUUGGGAAUGAGAGAUUUAUGGUUCCCUCCUCUCCAGACAAGUUACAAGGCGUGGCGUGUCUCUUAUUUUUCCUCCCGGCUACCUUUGCUGAUUCUUUCCCUUCUUCUCUUUCUCGGACUUAAUCUUCCUUUUAAGCUUUUAUCUCGUCUUCUUCUCUUCAUUUCCAUUCUUUCUGGCAACUUUUCCUUCCAUAUUCUUCAGUUGGUUUCUGAAAUGAGGAUGUUGUCUGAGACGUGCUCAGACUUUGCUGGCUCGUCAGGUGUAGAUCCCCUUCAUCAUCUUGUAGCAAUCCAGUUACUUCACAUGUGAAAGUCCGUUGUGGACAUUCUUCUGGCGAAGCUUUAAUCAGUCUUUGUUAAAGGAGAUUCCUUGAGAUUAUCAAUCUCCCUGGAAAACUAUACCUAUAGUGAAUGAUUGCAAGAUAACUUGAUCUCAACUCAUUUUUGAGGCAUAGAUGAAUUUGAUGAGAUCCUUAAGAAAUUUCUAGAUCCAUUAGAGUUGUACAAUAAACCUCUGUUUGUCUACUUUCAUCCAGAGUAAAGUGUCACAUGAGGAAGAGAACUAGAUCUUUAAGAUUUCACAUAGUCCUGCUUAUUAAAGUAUCUAUGCAGUUAAACAGGCAUGAAAUUUCGUUAAGAUUUUUGAAAUGACUUCUGCUUCUGCUGACUCGCACAAGUCUGUUCAAUUCUGGUAUAUAAGAGAUGAGUUGAGCUUUUACAACUUUUAUGUGCCUUCAAUCAGACCUGGACCUGGGUAAACAGUGUAAAUCGCUAUUAUUCUGGAACGCUAAAACCUGUAUACAUCAGGGGGCAGAAACACUUCAAAUGCAAUGACACAAAUAAUAUUUUGCAUGUUCUGUGACUAUUAGGUUAUGAAUCUAUUUAAUAUUAUGCAAACAGGAUUUGCUUGUACCUGCGCUGCUGAGCAGAGGGAGUGAUUUCUCAUCUAGUACCUUAGAAAUGGUACCGGGUUCACCUAUUUUACCCAUGCUUGCUAAGUAAGUGCAUUUCUUCAGUAAUCUUUCUCCAAUAACUUAAAAUUCUGACGUUCCUCUGGGUUUCAGAAUUGCAAAUGGGGUCCCUCAAGUUCUGAAGUUAUUCAAGGAUAAGGCUUUUACAUGUGAAUACAAGUAUUCUCAUCCUUCGAAUCUUCGUUUGACUUGAUCUUUGAUUAGUUUUAUUUGGGGGUAUAGAUUUGUUAGCUCUUUGGACCAUGCAGUUAUUGCUUAAAUAAAUUAUAGCUUUAUGAAUUUUUUUUCUACUUAAACGUGGACAUGGUUCAAAUUAAUGUUAAAGCAAAAUGAUCGUUAUCUGACAAAUUAUGGAAGUAUUCGUGAUUUUAAUUUUCUAUUCUCACGUCCUAUAUUGUCAUGACCUUCUUUCCUUAUGUAUACGUCGUCAUUGGUGAUGACUUACUGUUGCUUCUUUGAAACAGCAUUUUUAUCAAUGAUUUGAAAUAGAACAUUAGUCCCUUGGUCUGCGUGUCACCUUAGGUUUUUAGCAUCUGUAUUCCCUUUCAACCAAAAGAUAUCUUAAUGUGUUAUCAUAGUUCUGAAAUGGCUGAGAUGCCAAUGGAGCUUCGCUUGAGCAUUCUUCCUAUGAUAGGUUUCCUUUCCAUAAAUAUCUCUUACUUAAGCACGUAAGGCUACAUUUCACUUGCCUUACUCACCCUAUCGUUGUUUUUUUUUUUUUUUGUUUGCUCAUUAUUCUACUCUCCCAGAGUAGACUAAUGAGUGAAAGGAUUCAGAUUAAUUUAUGACCAUUUUCUCCAAAGAACACCAAUGAAGUCAUUCUAAUUACCGCUGUUAAUUUCCUCGUUUCCCUUUUAACUAAGUACCUAACCUUCUCAUUAAGUUUCCAGUAAUCCUGAUAGAAUGCACAUGUACAAGGUUUUAGUAACUCACAGUAUAGUAUGAGAGAUUUUCAAUAUAUCUACUAGGCUAUGCCCUGUGAAGCCAUUCCACGUCAUGAUGUCUCCGCAUCAAACAUGUAUGCUUGUAAAAAUGGCCAUUCUUUGUUAACUUCUCUUUGAUGCAUAAUGCAAGUAAGGAAUGAAUUUGCAGGAAAAUUUUAAAUUUUAUUUAUUGGAGUUCUUUAGAGAAAAUGGACGUCAUAAACUGAUUUAUAUUCUUUUUACACUUUUAUUAAGAAUCUGAAAAUGAAGCUCUAUAAUUUAUUUCGUUCACGAACACGGCUUAUCCUCCUGUCUGUGUAUUGAAUAGUAUUUUAGCCCAUACAUGUUUAAGUUUGAUUGGUGUCUUUCCUUUCCCCAAAAGGUGCGAUAUAAUUUUUCUAAUGAUUAACACAGCGAGAAUUAUUUUUUAUUACAUAGUCCCUUUAUUAUGCGUUCCAAAGUAGUUUAUGCUGCCAUUUAUGUUAUGCUAUUUUUGUUCAGGUAUGAUGGUCAACGAGCUCAGAUUCAUAGAUUGGCAGAUGGAUCUAUUCGUGUAUUUUCACGAAACAUGAGUGAAACAACAUCUAAAUUUCCUGAUUUGGUUAAUUUAAUCAAAGAGUUGUGUAAGCCUUCAGUGAGUACAUUUAUUUUGGAUGCUGAGGUAAGUCUCAAUUGGAUUGAAUUUUCCUGGUCAAAGUUUAUGUUUAUUAUUGUGUUGGAUUAUCUUUUAGUUUUUGUCAAAUUAUCUUUUCACUAUCUAAUUGGGAACAUUUAUUCUUCAAGGUUGUUGGAGUUGAUAGAAAAAGUGGUAACAGACUCAUGUCUUUUCAGCAAUUAUCCUCUAGAGAGAGGGGCGGCAGAGACUCUGCCGUCUCAUUGGAGACUAUAAAGGUGUAUUGUUUUCCUUCUCUUUAGAAGUUAUUCUCAUUAUUCUUCUAAUUUUCUACCUUCACCCUUAUGAGAGAUGGCCUGAAGCAUUAUCAAAGUCAACCACUUUCCUUUAAUUUUCAUAUCCUCUGAUGUAGGACCUCAUGUUAUUAUUUUUCAAAAUAUUAUUGCCAACUUACUAAAUUUUAAAAAAGUGAUUGUUUUGUGAAUCAAAAGUUCCAAUUUACUGUUGCGAAUUCAUCGAGAGUUAUUAAGCAGUGAUUACUGCAUUAUUGUUUCAAUGGAGUUUUCAUAACCCGUUCAAAAAGUUUCAUGUGGCUUACAGAUCAUCAUAAGGUAAAUGGGGGAAAUUGAAGGGGCUUCUUUGGGAAGUAUUUAUGACAUCGCCCUAGACAUUAUUUUCUCCUUCUGGAUUGACGUCCUCAGAGCGAAUUAAUGUUGAAGGGAAAAAAAUGCAUAAUAGCAGAAAAGAUGACUUUUAUGCAUCUAGCAGCCUACCACAGCAUGUUUGGUUUUUAUUCUUCAAAGGUCCUCAUGUUCAAUUUGCUCAGGUGCACUCACUAACAUUUUUCAGUGAUAAUAUCUUCUCUGUCAAGUAGUUGUUGGAAUUUUGAGGGAGCUACUUGAAUUUUCCCAAAGUGGUUCUACUAACUAUUAAAAAAAAUGAUUUCAAAGUAUGAAACGGUAAUGCAUCAAAAACCAGUUUCUCGAUGACUUAUCUACCUAUUGAGCUCUGUCACACUAGAAAUACCGGUUUUGCGAACUAAUUCAUGUUAAUAUUGGCUGAUUCCUUGCUCAUAAACGCUAAAAUAGUGUAAAUCGAUGAACUACAGAUCUAAUACUCUGUUUCUUUGACGGAUGGAGGUUACUUGGGGUCGUGAAAUUUUUUGCCACCGUGGAAAUAAAGAGAUGAAAAAUGAGUUAAAAAAGGAACAAAAAAGAUCAAAUGUGCACCACCUGCUGCUGAUGAGGAGCAGAGGAAGAAGAGGAACCUGUGGGGACUGGUCACUGCAUCCAGGCAUGUUGGACUGUGAUGGGCACUGGAAUAGAUGGAGCCGGACAGUCAUCUUUUCUACGUCCUUAUCGGAAAUGCUGUACCUAGGAACCUUAUACUUAAAAAUAUUUCAUUCAAUUUUUUAUUAUUUUGAGCUGAACUGCUGGUUUGUUUUGCAACAAUGUCUCUGACUCAGAUGCAUUAAAAAAAACUGGCCGGAACUUGUUGAUUUCUCAUCUAAUCCAAGGAUACUAACUCCCUCAAAAGGUUCUGGACUAGAAACCUUGAACCAAUGGUGAUCCCAUGUUAAUUGUGAUGGUUUUGGAAGGAAACAUAUCUUGGGGAUGCCAAUUUUUUGCGUUCUCGUACUUGUCUCGCAUUAUAGAUUAUCAGACGUCAUUUCCUUAACAGCACAUGCUAUAGGUGCGUACAGACAGCUAUAUGAAACCAGAUUGUCGGCUGAUUCUUUGCCUUUGCAUUGCGUAUGUCAGAGCUAGAGAAUAUUUUAUCAGGUUGAGAUGGUGCACAAAUUGAAUCAAAAUCGCUCAAUGAACAUCUGGGUUCAUUCAAUAGGUGAGAACAUGUUAGUUUGGAUUCUGACAAACACUGGUCAACCUUUGUUUUCGUAUUAAACCAGCCCAAACCAACUCUUUCUUAGUUUCUCGAGUUUCUAGGGCUUGUAUUAACGUUUUUGUAUUGAUUUUAUUUUAAAUAGAUCCCCUUUUGGGACAUCAUUUUAUUAAUUCUAUGUAAAAUCUUUUUAUUAUAUCUGAUUUCAGACAUCUCGUAGGAUGGUGAUCCUUGCCUGUCUCCACAGUCCAGCUUGGUCUGGGCCAGAUUGAGUCCCUACCUUAAACAGACUCGUUUUAAACGGGUCUUAGGAAACUAUUUAGAGAAUAUUUUUUCUAGGACUAAAAGAUAGAACUUAAUUGACCUAAAACAUGCCAAACCAGUACCCUACUUUUAAGUAGCAAAAAUAAUUUAUUGACCUGAACUUAUUAUCAUUCGCUGUUUGUUAAUUGGUACAAUAUAGUUUCAAAUGUGUAGUUGAAUGAGAGAGUGUUUUAAUAAUCGUCUGGUUUGACUGGAAUGAACUGCUUCGGAUUCCUUUUUCGGGAUCUUAUUCUCUGACAAGAUCUAGUGAGCUUGAUCCCCGGGAUGCAUAGCGCACCUGCUUCAGAUGCACAAGUGCACUUUUAUGUGGAUCAUAAUUGUACGCAGCUGAUGCUAUUAUUCGAGGUCGAGUUUGUGAUAAAUAUACAUAGAAUUCGAUUUCUCCACUAAAACUAGUUUUGCAAGGGUUGAUGCUGACACCAUAUCAGCGAUAAGAUUGGACGGCCAAUUUUUCACACUAUAUCACAAACAUCUCGGGCUACUUUAGGAUCAGAUGGUGCCCUUAAAGUAUCCGGUAUAAUGUAUCAUGUAAGUUUCAGUUUAAGCCCACUCCUAACACGACAGAUCUGAUCAAAAUAGAUCAAAAGUAUCAGUGGGCCGAUAGAAAUGUUGGGUCCACAGGUUCUCAGGGUGCUCAUCAUCUCUCACCCACUCUCAACCAGAUCAUUAUCUUCUUCCUUCCUGCCUGCCUUCUCAUAUUUUAGACUCUUGUUGUUGGUCCAAGUUCAAGCCCAAGCUGAUUAAGGGAUCAGGGUCAUCUUUAGGCUAACCACUCUCCUGCGUUUCUCAUUUGCUGAAAUCCUUCAUAAAAAUGUGGCAAUCAUAAUGAUAAAUUAUUGCAGAAUCAGUAAUGAAUCAAAUCAAAAUGUAAGGGACCCAAUCAGGAGGCGACAUGGAUGUAAGCUGGCAAUUUCCAUGCAUUGCUUCUGCUAAGAAGCUGCAGCUUUUAUUUUGUGAUGGCCCUGUACAUAAUUAUGGAUGUGGAUCAAUCUAAAAUGGGGAUGAGAAAGGGAGAUGUAGAUUUCCUGCAUUAGAGGUACCUAUUCUAUUGUGUGCUGCUUUAAUUUAGUCAAGUACUGCAUCCAACAAUGCUUCUUUAAUGAUGGGAGAAUUACAUAUUUAUAUUCAAUUGUCUCCCACCAAUUCUACUCCAAAAUUAGUGUUUAUUCUUACAUAAAGAAAGUUCAAAUAAAAGCAAUUUAUCUGACCCUUUCAUUGAUUAAAAUGGCAUUAUUCCUAUCACAUCAAAAUAUAAAAACUCAUAAAAUUUUCCUUCAAAUAUUCAUCUUCGUAUCUAUGGAAUUGUUCUGAGUACAUGUCAGUCAUCACAUGCGCAACCCAAAUGUACAAAAUAUCUGCAUAAAUACCUUUGCAUCACAGGAUUGAUGAAUCAUACUAUCUUUUAAAGUACUAAUAAGAGAUCCUAUCUCAGUGGUUGCGCUGAAUGACAUGAGGAAAUCUCAACUUCGAUGCCAUCAUUGAUGAAACUGAUACUAUCCCUUAUAGGCCUUCUCCAAUCUUCUCUUCUGUGCUUAUCUUACCCCUCAUUUCUCCUCUUAAUUCCUAUUUUUACCUUGUUUUGUCCUCCGAAUUUUUAAAAAAUAUAAAGGGGUGCCUCUUCUUAGUCACGUAAUGCCAUCUCAUGGCAUGAUUCCAAUAAUGCAAAAGGUGGAAAUCAACAUGUUCCCAAAUAACAAUGACGGGAAUUGUUCUUUUAUCGAUGUGUUUGUGUUCUGUUUGACACCGGCAAUGAACUUUGCUUAUAUCGAUUUGUUUUCUACCUGUUUCCUGUUCUCCAACGUCACAUAUUAUAUGGGAAUGUAAAAACGUUGUCAUCAUAUCUUAUGUGAUUUUGUUUACUGCAUCUGAUAUCCCUUCUUUUAUUAUGUUUCAGAGGAAACGAACUAACUAUGCUCUUCUUCAUGCAGGUUGACAUUUGCAUCUUCAUGUUUGAUAUCAUGUUUUAUGAUGGAAAGCAGUAAUAGUCUAACCACUGAUACUUAAGUUAAUUGAACGCUUACAAGGAUUUACUGUUGCUAUUUUGUCUAGUUAAUGUGACUGAAAAAUACAGUUACCCGCUUUUCUCCAUGGUGUGCUCUCAGAUAUUUAUGCAUCGAUUCUGGGUUCUUCUGUUUCCGAGACACCAGUUAACUAAAAAUGUUAAAAUGGGUGUAAUGUGUAGAAGAUUUGAAUCUGAUCCGGUGCGCUGACAGGUAACCAUAGUGCCCCUGGAGAGAAAAAACUUAUAUUAUUUGAUAAAGGAAAAAUUCUCUUACAGAGUAAGCGGGAUCUGGAAGGUUCUAGGCACAAAAUUAAUACUACCAAAAACUUAAGGUAAACUAGACAGUAUAUUAGACAUAUUCCGACAACAAUAUGUCAAGGGAUGACAAUGUUUGGUCUAAUCAUGUAUCACCAUCGUUCUACUAACUGAGGUUUUGUCGUCUUAUGUAUAGGCCACUCUAUGAGUUUAUGGCAAAAAAAAUUCCAUCCUCUCGCAUUUCCUCUUUUCCUCAUUGAAGACCUCUUUUAUCCUGAUAAAAAUUUAGGUCCUCUUUUCCUUUUUACAUGGACAGUACCACAUUUUUACGGAAUAUUCAAAUGAAAUGGGGCACAAGUGCCCAUUGUCAUUACACUCCAUGGCAUAUCCAAGAUGUCAAAGAUCAUGCUCCAUCCUAAGUCUCUCAAUAUCAUAUUGGAUGAGUAACAGCGCUUCAGGAGCACCACUUGACUCUGACUCGAGGUUCAUUAUUAUCUCGUAGAGGUCCGACAUUUGUAUUGUCAAUGAUAUUUAAGGUAUUUUAUUGAAAAUCUUACCUAGGAAAUUCUUAUCCUUAACGUGCGUCCCUUCGUUUGCAGCCAUCAGAAAUGAUGUUUCACCUCCUAACAAAGAAGCCUAACCUCUAGGAAAUGGUGUUACUUUAUACAAUAUCCUUGGAAAGUGGGAAUGAAGCCAAUUUCCUUCUUGUUCCUGGGGAGAAUACUUUUGAGUUUUGAUUAUUACAAACAUUAAGUCUUACCACUUUUUGUUAUCUGAUCUAUCUUCCCUGAUAUCACCAUAAGCUUAUGUAUCCUUGUUUGUGGACUCUAGGUUGUUAUCUCUUCCACUGCGCCAAAGGAGAAAAUGUAUGCAUCGUCCACUUGAUCACGUUCCACUUUUUGCAUUGGAUUAUGGAUCUCUAAAAUCUUCUCUUGUUAACUAUCCAGAUCUGGAAGAAUUAUUUCAUGAGAAACCGGGUUAUCUAGAACACGCCAGGGAAAUUAUGGUAACUGCAUUUUCUUACUUCAUUUUAAAUCCUGUAUCUUGAAAUUGUAAUAAAUACUGUUCUGGCAGAUUGAAGCAGCUGAGGCAAGUUUUGAUGAUAAAAACACGCUGGCUAAGAUGAAUUCCUUUCUCGAAGGUGCAUGUAAAUCUUCAUGUGAAGGAAUCAUUGCAAAAUCUUUAGACGUCAAUGCUGGAUAUGCUCCAUCCAAGCGUUCAGAUGCAUGGUUAAAGGUGUGUACAAGACUGCUUACACUGUGGCGAACAUUAUUGUUCACGAUUUUCUUUUUUGUGAUUCCCCUGUUCAGGUCAAGAGAGAUUAUGUGGAUGAAUUAGGAGACAGUCUUGAUUUAGUUCCAAUAGGAGCUUGGUAUGGCAACGGGAGGAAAGCUGGAUGGUAUAGACCUAAGAAGUUGUGUUAUAAUUUUACUACCGUCAAACCAUUCUUUAUUUGAAGGAAUUAUUUCCGUGCUGCCCAUUUCAAUCUCGUGUUUCAGGUACAGUCCGUUUCUCCUGGCGUGCUACAAGCCCAGUACAGAAGAAUUUCAAAGUGUGUGCCGUGUCAUGUCUGGUUUCUCAGAUUCUUUUUAUAUCGAGGUAAGAUACUAUCUACUCCUGAAUGUUAGGUUUUCUCUGAAAAGUUAUGGGAUCCGUGGGAAUGGGAAGUAGCUAAGCUGAGCGUGCGUGCAUUUAGUAUUCAUUAAUCAGAAAUUACAAACACUUGAUUUAAUCUAUGGAAAAAUGGGGAAAAAGGUAAUUCAGCCGAAGAACAGAUUCAUGAACGGUAAUCACGGUUUUUUUCCCCAAUCGCUAGAAUGGCACCAUUAAUUUCCGUUAUUAAUCAUUUACGCAUUGUUUGACACCCCUCGAGCACCCUGUGACUCAUUUACUUAGGCCAAUGUGGGUCAUUCACUAAGCUCCAAUUCAAUCUUGGCAUCUGAAGGAACAGGCACGAAUGCAAUAUCUUCUCAAUGAAGAUUACUUAUGAUUCUGAUUUUGAGAUUAUCACCGCAUUGUAAGUCCUCAGGCCCUUGAUUUAAUUAUUUUCAGAUGAAGGCCUUCUUCUCGGGUGAUAAGAUUUUGUCGAGGAAGCCCCCUUAUUACCUGACAGACGAGUCACCUGAUGUGUGGUUUCCUCCAGAACUUGUGUGGGAAAUAAGAGGCGCAGGUACAAGAACGCCGGGCCCAUUCUAUGCUAAAUUUGUCGAUCAUCAAACCCAUGUGUCUCUGACCCCUCACCGUACUACUCCACCAGACAUGACUAUUUCUCCAGUUCAUCAUGCUGCAAUCGGGCUGGUUCACCCUUCCCGGGGCAUCUCAAUGAGAUUUCCUAGAUUCAUCUGCUCUGUGCCAGACCGAAGACCAGAGGAUUGCAGCACCGACAUGGACAUAGCUGACAUCUUUGCAUCCCAGACGAGGAAGAUGGAUGUGAGCCUGGAAGAGUAG